AUGCUUUGGCUUACUGUUUCACAGAAUCCAUCUUUCAAUACUCUCCGAGAUGAUCUUGUGAAACAAAUAACUGUUCAAGUAAAUGAAAGAUUGGACAGUAGAGAGGAAGAUCAUGUGAAAACUUGGUUGAAUGAAUGCAUGAGAAAGCACAAAUUUGCCCUAUUUUUAGAUGAUAUUUGGGAAACAAGUGCAGCCUCGCUGUUAGAGGAGCUGUGUGUGCCUCAUUCUCCACACCACAAGUCUAACAUCAUCAUUGCCACAUCCAGAACUACUAGUGUGCUCUCACAGUUGGGUGUCCGGCCUUCAUCACUCAUCGAAAUGCAAGAUUUGACUGAGAAUGACGGUUGGAGAUUGUUUUCUUUCUAUGCUUUUCCAGACAGUGGUGGAAUUUUGCCGAUGAGCAUUGACCAAGAAAUAGCGAUUAGUGUCUGCAAGGAGUGUGGGGGCCUUCCGUUAGCCCUCAAAGUAAUUGGGAAGGCAAUGGUAAGCGUCACUCUGUCAAAUGAAUGGGAAUUGGCAGUCAAGAAGUUGCAGAAUGAUGUUACACGCUCUCUUUAUGGCAGGUUAAGGCUAAGCUACGAUGCUUUGGCCGACGUGGCUGGCUAUGGCAUUUCCUUGCAGUUGUGCUUCCUCUGCCUUGCUGCUUUCUCAAAAGGUCAUGUAAUCUAUUCUAAUGAUGCCAUUGACUUCUGGAUUGGAGAAGGGUUGGUGGCCGGGAGAGAUCCUCUUCAAAUCGGAGACACAUACGUCAUUCUGUUAGCGGAUCGAUGCCUUAUCGAACCAAUCCAGAAGGAUUAUGACGGAAAUGUAAUCUGCUUCAGGGUACAUGAUGUUCUGCAUGACUUAGCACAACAAAUUGCUGAGAAGGAAGAAAAAUGCUUCUUCCAGGCAAGCAAAGGCUUACAGGAGUUUCCUAUGGUCGAUUGUGCAGGACAUAUCAGAAUUUCUUUAGAAGACAACAGUUUGACUAGGGUUCCUAAAGAAUUCCGAGCUCCUUAUAUCCGCUUCCUGCUACUCUCUUCCAAUCCUUCUUUGAUGGAAAUUCCAACAGAAGUGAUUGGGAGUAUGACUGCUCUUAGGGUCCUGGAUUUGUCACGGACUGCCCUCCAGUCGUUGCCACAAAACAUGGGAUGUUUGAAGCGUUUAGUUUACCUUGGGUUAUCCUUUGUGGCACUCAAGAGAUUGCCCAACUCUGUCACUACUCUUAAAAACCUACAAAUAUUAGAUCUUUAUCGAUCUGAUAUUACACAACUCCCGUCCGGCUUUUCUAAGUUGACUUCUCUAAAACUGUUGGACGUUAGUUUCUGCAAACAUCUGCAGUGCAUGCCUUAUGGGAUCUCACGCCUUACGUCCCUGGAGUACCUGGAUGCAUUUUCUUCUUCAAAUAUACAGUGGAACAAGUGCAGAAGGGAUCGGCUUCCAAUUAGUGAUUUGUGCACCCUAAACAAACUCAAAAGGUCGGGGCUUCAUAAUAAUGGUGAGAUAAUUCAGGAAGGAAUGUUGGGAACCAUGAAGCAGAUAGAAAAUCCAUUUUGUGAAUUUCAAAAUCUGGGUUAUCUUAGUUUGUUCGAUUGUGGGAUGUUGAAACAACUACCUAACUUGCACAAUCUUCCAAGUCUAAAGCACCUGCAUAUCGUUAAGUGCCCCAACAUUGAGAAGUUUCCAGAGGAAUUUGGCAAGCAGGGGGGAUUUCCUAAGUUGGAGGUAUUUUCAGUGGUGAAGCUGAGGAAGCUAGAGCAGCUGCCAAUAGUGGAAGAAGGAGCACUGCCUUCACUUAAAACAUUGACAAUAAUGAAGUGUGAGGCAUUGCAGAGGCUACCACAGUGUUAUUGGAAUUUGAAGAGUGUAGAGAAGAUAAGAGUGUAUGGUUGUUCAAAGGUUCUAUUUGUGAUGGUAGAGGAAGAAAACUUUAUCAAGACAAAGAUUAAGCCUUUUGCUGGCAUUAAUCGAUUUUAUUUGUUUUGA